AUUUGUGCAUUUACUUCCCCCCGCGUGCUGCGGCUGGCGCCGCGGGCCUAACGUCCUAGUUCAAAUCUAGAUGGGUGUCAAAAAUAUGCUCUCGGCUUUUGCAACCGCUCCGCCGAGCUCUUUGGCCUGGCGGGCCUUGUCGCUACUCACCACCCUCGAAAACACUCCUCCACGUCCUAGUCUCGCAAUGAUGAACGGGCGCGAAAAGCAUGUCCUCUUCACGGCGUCUUUCUUCAAUAGCAGCUGACCUUUUAUGUAUGUCCAUGAUUGAUGAUAUUUAUUGAAGCAAAAUCUGCAAUAAAUUCCGCAGGAUGCCGUGUGAAAUUGUACCACCUCGCUUUCACCAUGUUGGGCUUUCUGUACUUUGUAUUUCUUCACAACGAGCGAGAAAGAUGAUAGACGCAAGUUUCUCCAGUGGUAGUGACGGUACGGAGCGUCGUUCUCUCACCACUCGCACUUGCUCUGCGUUCUCAAGAUUGAUAUUCGCGAUUCGAUUUUUUUUAUCAAAGCGGACAUCCACCACAGGCACUAGCAAAAUCGUAUGUUCUCCAUAUGGCAGUCCUGGGUCGUGGUUGCUUAACUAUACAAUAUGUCACAUAUUUAAAGGUUAAAGGGGUUAUGGUAGACGACGUCUAAUUCCAUCUGGG